AUGGCAUCUCAGUGGGCCGACCCGAGAUACAAAUUCCUCAAUUGGCAUGAUACCUUGCCAGAUAUUGAGGAGGACGCGUCAUCCGAUGCCAGGUCAGAACGAUGUCCGUACUCAACUAAGACAACUACUAGACCUAGCCUCAGUAAGCUGGCAACUGCCACCGUACUGGGAUGCAUGGUUUUAACAAUUCUCGCAAUCAGCAUAAUCACACUAGUACGGCAGAUGGAAUUUGAGAACAAAAUAUCUCCAUUGAUAUCACACAAUUCAUCCAUCAAUUCACCACCAGCGUAUCAACCGAUGCGCAAAAGACCAUGUGGACAAGCAGCGCAUGAAGCUCGGGCGGCAGGAUGCAAAUUCGAUGUCCUUAGAGCUGCCUGGCUGCCCCGAGAAUGUAGCGAUGAUGAGCUGCAUGCAGUAGCAAUCAGUGACGCUCCCUGGCAGUUUUAUCGAAAUACUUCGGCAUUCGUAUACCGUCAAGGCCACUGGUGGCCGACAGGGGAUGAAAUGGUGCCUAUAAGCGGGUAUGAGGAGCUGAGCGAGCAACGCCAUAUCGCUUGGGCCAGUCGUCGGUAUCAUAUCGCACAUUGCAUGUAUACGUGGAAGAUGAUGGCACGGGCAGUGGAGAGUGGGAGAAGAAUGGAUUCUACACUGAGGGCAUUUCAUCAUAUUUCGCAUUGCGCGGAUACAGUGUACGAGUUUAUGGAGGAGAGGGAGACUCCGUUCGAGUUGGUUAUGACUCCGGUUAAGAUUGCAUAUCCAGACUGCUGA